AUGCCAUCGUCUCGCACUCUACGAGACCCACCCAGGAUCCGCUCAGCAGCCACAGCACUUGGGGCGGCACUCGCCCGAUUUGAAAAAUACGCACUUGUCGGUGGCGAUCUUGUCGUCGUCCAAGGACACGUCUCGGCAGCAAGACGGUUACUACGAGCCUCCCCUAAUUUUGAGGUUGAGCCCAGGACCAACUGUACAAAAUAUACAGCCGAUGGUAACAAUGUGGAAAUCCAAAUCCUUGCAGCCCCCACUCUCUUCAAAGAGAGGUUCGAUGAGACAACUGAAGUUGUUACUCUUGGGAAUGUGAAGGUUUUGAAACUAGCAUUAAUCCUCAGCUCUAAAUACAAGAGGGCCACGGAUCAAGAAGACAUACUGUUUCUUCUCGGGUACUGUGAUCAGCAUCCAGAGUUUCUCCCUCUGUCUGGGGAGGUGCCCAACGCAACUGCGGCAUUCGUUCAUCUGUGUAUCCAACAAUAA